UCCUCUCUCUCCUUCUUGGUGCUCCGUGGCCAGAGAUGGGAGGCCGCUUCCUCCUGCUUCGAGGACUCAGAAGAUCCCCGCUGCCUCGCUUCCUCCAUUCCUUCUUGCCAAUCCCAACUCCCCCUCCUCCACUUCCACUCAGGUAUGGGCUUCUUCUACCCUCCUUUAAAAGCUUUGAUUCUUUCCAUCCAUACCGCCGUUCAUGGGCUUCAAGGAGUCUGAGCUACGGCUCGGUAAACCUCGUCCUGUCGGACGGGAAGCCGAGGUUCGAGACUCACGAGAUAGAGCCACCAAGGAAGGAGAGGUAUCGGACGAAGAAGCGGCUUAAGCUCCAGAGGAAGCGGGAGAAGCGGAAGCGGAGGGAGGCCAACAAGAAGGACCCUCGGAGGAUCAGACCCAAGGGAAAGAAGGAGAAGGGCAAGUUCUCGACCGCCGAGGCAAGGAUUAAAUAUAAGAUUGAGAAGGCCAAAAUUAAGGAAGCCAUACUGAUUGAAAAGCUCAAGAAGUAUGAAGUUCCCAAAGUUCUAGGUCCAAUGACCAAACCAGAAGAAUUGACAGGCGAGGAACGCUUCUACGUCAAAAAGAUGGCUCAGAAAAAGUCCAAUUAUGUACCAGUUGGAAGGCGAGGCAUUUUUGGAGGUGUAAUUCUUAACAUGCAUAUGCAUUGGAAAAAACAUGAAACAGUUAAGGUUGUCUGCAAGCCCUGUAAGCCAGGCCAAGUUCAUGAAUAUGCAAAAGAGAUAGCUAGGCUGAGUGGUGGCAUACCAAUCCAAAUUAUUAACAAUAAUACAAUUGUAUUUUAUCGGGGAAAGAAUUAUGUUCAGCCUGAAGUUAUGUCACCUACUGAUACACUGUCCAAGAAAAAAGCACUUGAAAAUUCAAAGUAUGAGCAAUCACUUGAGACUGUAAGGCGCUUCAUUGCAAUAUCUGAGAAAGAGCUUGAACUUUAUUACCGACAUGUUGCACUUUAUGGUGAUCCUAACUCUAGGAAUGCAGAUUUAGUGUAUGGUGAUACUGGGCAAGGCCACUUAAAAUUGGAGGGAGGGAUAUCUGCCUUGACAAAUGAAGAAAGUGUCUGUUCAGCUAGUGGUGAUAAUUUGUGUAAAGAUCUCUCAAAUACUGAAGUUGAUUCUGAUGAUACUCUUGAAGUUGAUUCUUCAGAUGCAGAAAAUGAUGAUAUUAUUACAGCUAUAUCAUGUUCAGAAGUUGAUUCUGAUGAUAUUCUUGAAAGCGAUUCCUAUGAUGAAAACUUCACAGGAGCUGAAGUUAAUUCAGAAGGGGAAGAAGAAUCUGAAACUGAGGCAGAUUCAGAGGAUGAAGAGAAAGACUCGUGGUACCAACACACCCACCCUGAGAAAUCUGUUCAUCAUAAUUUUUAGAAAGUGGAGUGUACCAGGAAUGUACCGUUUUCUGAUUUGGUGAAUUCCUAUACUUAACUGCUGAUUUCUCAUACUGAUCUUUGCCCUGAGAGUUGAGUGCAAUGGCAAUCAGUGCUCAUGCCUUGGGCUUCUCACAGCAGACUUCUUUCGGACUUGGUUGACAUGAGACCAUGUUGGCUGCAAGCGUUGCGGCACCAUUACCUGAUGUUCCUUCUCUUGCUAGCUAGGAAGCCUUCCAUUGGAGCAUACUUAUCAGUAAGAUCUGGUAGCAUUUAGUGGAUGCCUUUCUAAUCAUACAGGCUCGUAUGAUGCAAGAGAAAUGGUUCGCACCUCAAAAGUCUGUUCAGGUUGGUACUUUUGAGAAUAUUGAUGACUGGAAAUUCCAGUUGGAUACUUCAUUAUUCUAAUAAGCCAAGCUGAUGGUUAUCCCUUCAUGCAAUAAGAAUAGACCAAGUUUUCAAUGGACAGGCUGAUGAUGAAGUAAACUGUUUAUUUUGUAUGCAUGGUCCUGCGCCUUUUGAAGUAAACAUUGUAGAUCUUUGCAAGACACCAGUGCUGGCAUCUUUGCUCUGAUCUUAUCAUGGACCACUGAAUUCCAGAUGACAGUUUACAUAUUGGAUUCUUGUUUGCAAAUUAAUUACUUCAUGGAA